AUGGAAAUACUGAUCUGCGAUCCAAAUCAUGAGAUUCUUUUGGAAAAUGUGACAUUCGGACUAAAUGUACCUGUGCAUGUCGUUGAUUCUGAACUAUUGCAACAGCGAAUAAAUCAGAAUAGACGACAAUUUUUAAUAUUACCAUGUAAAUUGAUCUCUGAAUUUCGAUCAUUUCCAACAACAUAUUUCUAUUGUCAAACAAAAGAAAAAUUCCAACAGAUUCUAAAACAAUAUCCAGGACUAAAAUUGUUUAAAAUUGAUCAGUACUGCUAUUAUCUAGCGUAUGAUUUGGCAAUGAUAUUCGUAAAAAAAGGACAUAUAUUGAGACAGGACAAACGACAACCGCUCGCCAAUCUUUAUUAUCAACAAGCGAAAGAUAUUUAUUCAAAAAUAAAUCGCCAAUUAAUCAGUCAAAGACAAAUAGCAGCGACAGAAAAAACGUGUAAAGAUCAACAAACGUCACCGAUACCAACCGCAGAUAAUGAUAAAUGCUAUUCUUAUUUAUUAGAAAAGCAAGAAAUUGUAGAAUAA